AGCGCCUCUACGUGAGCUCGGUAUCAACAUGAUACCUGGCUUAGCUCGCUAGUUAGCUGUCUGUCAAGUGUCCAAGUUCAUAGGCUGGAGACAGGAAUGUGGAGCGGAGCUGCAACGUCGACGGCCGAGCGGAGCCACGGUCCCUCCAUGAUGCCUCUGUUUUAUUCCGUGACCAUCUGGGUGACAUUCAUCCACUGCGCCGCUGGAAUUCCCUGGACACAAGAGAAGCUCCAACACCAAGCCGUCACACUAACGCAAGAUGAGAUUCGUACCAUCCUGUCUCACACUGACACGGAGCAGAUGUGGCAGAGGGAUCUGAGGCCGCUGCUGGUUACCAGGUACCCGGGCUCUGCGGGCAGCCAAGCUGUGCAGGAGCAUAUCAAAACAACCCUUGGUUCCCUCGCAGCAGGCUGGGAAGUGACAGAGGAUAAGUUUAUGUCACAGACACCCUAUGGCGCCCUGCCCUUCACCAACCUAAUUGCCACCCUCAACCCAUCAGCCAAGCGCCGCCUGGUUCUGGCCUGUCACUAUGACUCCAAGUACUACCCACCACAGUGGCACGGGAGGGAGUUCCAAGGCGCCACUGAUUCCGCUGUUCCCUGUGCCAUGAUGUUGGAGGUGGCACGAGCCCUGGAUGAAGAACUGAAAGCUCAGAAGAGCUCCAGCCCCAACCUGACCCUGCAGUUGAUCUUCUUUGACGGAGAGGAGGCCCUUUUCCAGUGGACCCCCACAGACUCCCUGUAUGGCUCUCGCCACUUGGCCCAGAAGAUGGAGAACACCCCACAUCCCGCUGGGGCCACAGACACCAACCAACUACACGGCAUAGAUCUGUUUGUGUUGUUGGACCUGAUCGGGGCUCCUAGCCCUCACUUUGGCAACCAGUUCCCCAGCACAACAUCCUGGCUCUCCAGACUGCAAAACAUUGAAAAGCGUCUCCACUCCAUGAACGAGCUGGUGGAUCAUCCUAACAGCGUGCAAUAUUUCUGGCCCAAUCGACCUGUUGGACACAUACAAGAUGAUCAUAUACCAUUCCUAAACAAAGGUGUACGUAUCCUCCACCUCAUUCCCUCCCCCUUCCCGUCCGUGUGGCACACGUUUGAUGACAAUGAACAGAACCUGGAUCGCUCCACCAUUCAGAACCUCAACAAGAUCUUGCAGGUCUUUGUUCUGGAGUACCUCAACGCUACACCAGCCAUCCCUUCAAUCCCUUCAAACCCACAGAAUGCCCCGUAAAUGAAAUUCCCCAGCAUACUCUUCAGCAACUCUGUUUCCUUUGAUGUUUUGCUGUAGUAAACGCCUUCAGCUGUGAUUUUAUAGACUGCCAUUUACUGCUAUUUCAAUACCAACGCGUCAACAAUAUGGGUGCCAACUGCAGAAAAAAGAUCAUAUUUUAUUUUGAAACCGAAGUCUAAAUAAGUAAAAGUAUAUAUUUUGAUCUAUGUGAGUAUAUAUGAAAAGUAUUUUCUUUGUCAAUGUUUUCAUAAGAGACUUGAAGACUCCGUGGCUUCAUCUUCCCUUCAAGCCCUCAGUCGCCAGCACACAGGAUCUUCUGUGUGCUUUUUACUACACUGCUCUCUUUAUAUCAGCCUAAACUCCUCGUUUACUCUGUGAGGAGGCACCUUAAUGUCAGUGCUAAUGUCCAGGACCCGCUCCACUUCGAUCAAAGAUGAGGAAAAAGAGGUCAAUCGUGACUGGGGGCUGUUUAAAUCCUGUGAUGUCCUUUAUUUUACAGUUGCCCAGGAGACAUUCAAAUACACAAAUGCAUUGCGAGUCAUUGUCACAGUUGGUGAUGUGUUCUAUAUGAAUUGCUAUGGGAAAAACUUGAAAAACGCUAAUAACAUUCAGAAACGGUCAUAUAAAUAUAUACAAUAGGUCAUUGGCAUUAAUUCUGCCAAAGCAUGUGGGAAGGAGUAUAUGGCAACACUCAUGAGACGGUGUCACAAGGUGUGUAUUAUCUUCAGGUUAUGUGACAUUUCCUCUCCUACAGUAAAUCUGCUCAGUGUUUAGAAAGCAAACCUGUCAGUGGCAGGAAGUUGCUUUAUUUGUACUAUCACAACAUCUUUAGCUCUUCAUAUCCUGUCAUCGUGGAUAGUGAAGUGGAUAACUUCCUGUGCUAAUGUUUCACAUGCCUGCCUUUGUUUAUACGACAUUAUUUGCCCGAUCUUAAUGUAGAUCCCAGAAUAAUAUACAAUGCUAAAACUGGACUUCCUGUGUUCUGAGGCUGAAAUAAAUGUUGAUUCAGAAUACAAAGCAGAUCACGCAGAUUUCUCUUAUCUUUACAGGUCUUUGUUUUAAUGUUAGUAUUUUGGGAGCCAUGGGUAAAGAAGUUGAUCCUGCUCUCAUGCUCGUUCAUUAUGACAAAGAAAGGUGACCUUUUGCACGAGGAAAUGUGAACUUUUCUUUAGCCCUAACCUAAUAGCCAGGCAAAAAUAGCCAAUACUGUUCUUCCAGUUUUGCAUUCACUCGUCAGGCCCCCCCCUCAUCCAGCCUUAAAGCUUGGGCCCUUUCUUCCUAAGCAGACCAAACACUCCCUCCAUCCCUCCACCUCACCUCGACAACAAUCCCAUGAUUCACUUAAUCCUAUCAGGGAGGACCUCCCCUGAAUUCCACACCACCCAAAUCCCCUUCAAUCCAGCCAACUCCCAUGAGAACAUAACGUGGCUCUGACUCCCCCGUUUGCUGCAGUCAGAAAUGUUGGCGAUGCCUGUUAACAACAUACUCGA